AUGUCGCGUCGCGUACCAACGCCUACGCGUCGCAAAAAUGUUCUAAACUUGCUAAAAAUGGCAGAGUUUACCACUGAUGCCAACGCUCCUUUAAGAACAGAACUUAAUGUGGGUGAUGAGUUUGUCGAGGAUUAUGAUUCUUCGGAGGAUUUCGACAACUUUGAUGAUGUUGACGACGUCUUAGAAAAUGGUCGUCAUUUUAAUCGACAAGCGCCGCUAGGAGCGAAAGGAGUAUCUACCUUGAAUCCAGGCGUUGCGCAUGAAGAAUCUGUGCAAAAACUUAACUCUUACAUGUCUCGUAUUCAUGUCGAAGACGGCUUUGAGGGACCUAGCAAGUUGCAAUCUACGAAGGACAAAAGUGACAGAGCAACUUCAGAACAGGUACUGGAUCCUCGCACACGCAUGAUAUUGUUGAAAAUGAUCAAUAGUGGAGCCAUAUACGAAAUCAAUGGCUGCAUUAGCACAGGAAAGGAAGCAAAUGUAUAUCAUGCCAUCACGGAAACUGGUGAACACCGUGCUAUCAAAAUUUACAAAACAUCUAUUCUUGUAUUUAAGGAUCGCGAUCGUUACGUCUCAGGCGAGUUUCGUUUUCGGCACGGCUAUAAUCGUCGGAACCCCAGAAAAAUGGUAAAGACUUGGGCUGAAAAGGAGAUGAGAAAUUUGAAACGUGUUUAUUCUUCUGGGAUUCCGAGUCCGGAACCUCUUGCUCUGAAGCAACACGUCCUGCUUAUGAAAUUUCUGGGUAACAAGAGCGGUUGGCCUUAUCCACGUCUUAAAGAUGCAGGCCUUUCUGCUGAAGAUGCUAGCAGGGUGUACCGACAGGUGGCCCGCCAUAUGCGGACGCUGUAUCACGUUUGCCAUCUCGUCCAUGCUGACUUGUCCGAGUACAACAUGCUUUACCAUAAAGGAAAGGUUUAUAUCAUUGAUGUGUCACAAUCUGUGGAACAUGACCAUCCUCACAGUCUUGAAUUCCUCAGAAUGGACAUCACGAACGUUACAACUUUCUUCCGUCGUUUGGGAGCAGCAACACUGCCUUUAAGUCAAUUGUACCAAUUUAUUACAGAGGAAGGUAGUGUUGAAAAAGCGGAUAUGCAGCAACGCAUAAGUGAGCUGUUUGAAAACCAGCUGGAAGAGAACGAGGAGGACGAGAAGGUGUUCCUGAAGUCCUACAUUCCCCAAACGCUAGAGCAAGUCUACGACAUUGAUCGUGAUACACUGCUGGUACAUGAGGGACAAGGAAGUAAUCUAGUGUACAGCCACUUGUUAAGCACUGCUGCAGAUACAGAGACGCAAAACGACGAACAAACUGUUCAUGAGUCAGAGGAUGAAAACGAAGACAACUCCUACAACACCGAAGAUGGAAGUGAGAGCAACCCUGAUAGCGCUGGUGAAGAGUCUGAAAUUGAAAGUGACAAACCAAGAGCUGGAAAAGCCCGAAAGCAGGCUGAAACUGCUGAAGAAAAACGUGCUCGAAAGCAAAAAGUUCGUGAAGAAAAGCGGGAAAAGCGGAAAAACAAAAUGUCCAAAUAUGAAAAGAAAAGACGCAUAAAAAAUAGCAGCGCCAAGAAGUAA